AUGCUCCUAUCAGUGGGCUUGUUGUGGUAUAAGAUCAAUGUGCGUGUGACCACCAUGGACGCUGAGCUGGAGUUUGCCAUCCAGCCCAACACCACUGGCAAGCAGCUGUUUGACCAGGUGGUGAAAACUAUCGGCCUGAGGGAAGUUUGGUUUUUUGGUCUGCAGUACCAGGACACUAAGGGUUUCUCUACUUGGUUGAAACUCAACAAGAAGGUGACUGCCCAGGAUGUGCGGAAGGAAAGCCCUCUGCUUUUCAAGUUCCGGGCCAAGUUCUACCCUGAGGAUGUAUCUGAAGAGUUGAUCCAGGACAUCACACAGCGACUAUUCUUCCUGCAAGUGAAGGAGGGCAUUCUCAAUGAUGAUAUUUACUGCCCACCUGAGACUGCUGUGUUGCUGGCCUCCUAUGCUGUCCAGUCCAAGUAUGGUGACUUCAAUAAGGAAGUCCACAAGUCUGGCUACUUGGCUGGGGACAAGUUGCUGCCACAGAGGGUCCUGGAGCAGCACAAGCUUAACAAGGACCAGUGGGAGGAAAGGAUCCAGGUGUGGCAUGAGGAGCACCGGGGCAUGCUCAGGGAGGAUGCUGUCCUGGAGUAUCUGAAGAUAGCCCAGGAUCUGGAGAUGUAUGGUGUGAACUACUUCAACAUCAAGAACAAGAAAGGCUCAGAGCUGUGGCUGGGGGUGGAUGCCCUGGGUCUCAACAUCUAUGAGCAGAAUGACAGGCUGACUCCUAAGAUAGGCUUCCCCUGGAGUGAAAUCAGGAACAUCUCUUUCAAUGACAAGAAAUUUGUCAUCAAGCCCAUUGACAAAAAAGCCCCGGACUUUGUUUUCUAUGCUCCUCGGCUGCGGAUUAACAAACGGAUCUUGGCUCUGUGCAUGGGGAACCAUGAGCUAUACAUGCGCCGUCGCAAGCCCGACACCAUUGAAGUACAGCAGAUGAAGGCACAGGCUCGGGAGGAGAAGCACCAGAAGCAGAUGGAGCGUGCUCUGCUGGAAAAUGAAAAGAAGAAACGUGAGAUGGCAGAAAAGGAGAAAGAGAAGAUUGAACGGGAAAAGGAAGAACUGAUGGAGAAGCUGAAGCAAAUCGAGGAACAGACUAAGAAGGCUCAACAAGAACUGGAAGAACAGACCCGCAGGGCUCUGGAACUUGAACAGGAGCGAAAACGUGCUCAGAGUGAGGCUGAAAAACUGGCCAAAGAGCGUCAAGAAGCUGAAGAGGCCAAGGAGGCCCUGUUGCAGGCCUCCCAGGACCAGAAGAAGACCCAGGAACAAUUGGCCUUGGAAAUGGCAGAGCUGACAGCUCGGAUCUCCCAACUGGAGAUGGCCCGACAAAAGAAGGAGAGCGAGGCUGUGGAAUGGCAGCAGAAGGCUCAGAUGGUACAAGAAGACUUGGAGAAGACCCGUGCAGAGCUGAAGACUGCCAUGAGCACGCCUCAUGUGGCAGAGCCUGCUGAAAAUGAGCAGGAUGAGCAGGAUGAGAAUGGGGCAGAGGCCAGUGCUGAACUGCGAGCUGAUGCCAUGGCCAAGGAUCGCAGUGAAGAGGAACGUACCACUGAGGCAGAAAAGAAUGAGCGUGUGCAGAAGCACCUGAAGGCCCUCAGUUCAGAGCUGGCCAAUGCCCGUGAUGAGUCCAAGAAGACUGCUAAUGACAUGAUUCAUGCUGAGAACAUGCGACUGGGUCGAGACAAAUACAAGACCCUGCGCCAGAUCCGGCAGGGCAAUACUAAGCAACGCAUUGAUGAGUUUGAAUCUAUGUAA